UCUAACAUCACAUGAUCCACAUCGUAGUUUAGAAAAUGGAACCUUCUAAGCCUAUUGAGGUUCAGAACAUAAGGAGGCAUUAUGAGAAGGCACUAGAAUACCUCAAUGCAGGACAUCUGGAGGAUAAUUUGGGAAAUAAAGACAGAGCGAUUGCCCUGUACCGACUGGGAAGACAACAUCUCCUUCAGGGCCUGGAAGUAGCCUCUGUCCAGAAUGUCUCUCAACAGGUACCAGUGAAGAUGAAUGAAAUGUUAAACAGGGUCAACACUUGGCUGGCUUUGCUGGAAUCCACUUCAGCCACAGGACCAUCCAGUACCCAGAAUUGCUAUCCAGUCCUGACCCAAUCAACAGAGACAGUAAGGUUCCAUACUCACAGAGCGCAUAUGUCAAGCCCUGUAGGAGGAGUUCCCUCUCCCCCACGCUCACCCGUAGUGGCCUCUGAGGUGCUCUGGGAUCCGCCACCUGCCUACACCCCAAAACCUAUAGACGGGCAUAUUUCUUUUUCGCAGAGCAAGAGGAUGACCUGUCCUUCACUCCCAACAGCACAGCUGGGUUCUGAUCAUCAAGAUGUUCUUUAUUUCUUGUCCCAUGGUGUGCAGAUAUUCUUUGUUACACCAGAUGGGCAAGUCAGUGCACCAUCAUAUCCAGGGUACCUGUGGAUCACCCUGAACGGCACCCAGCAUUCUAAUGAUAGCAAUGACACUAGACAUCCUCUCGCUUACCUGCAGGUGUGUGGUUGGACCUACCCCUUGUUUCCAGACCUGCCGGUCCUGCUUAGUGACAGUGGUGUGUUCACAUUCCCUGAUACCAUGGCAGCAAAACCUGGAUCCUAUAUUGGGGUUGUGUUGUCCUCAGAGCUGCCUGCAACAGACAGAGCUCUUUUCCAAGAGCACCUUUCCUUAUUUACACAGCUUAGAGUCCAGUCUGCAGAGGACAACGGAGCAGGUGAAGCUACAGGCAGAAUCAUGAACCUGAAUGCAAGAACUCUCAACAAUCCUUCAGAAAACCAAACUUUAGGAAAAGAGAAGAAUAUUGUACCCGGAUGGGGUGAGAAGAUGUCACAGAGCAUCACAGCAGGGGCUUCACGGCUCAGUCGGGGCUUUGUGCAGGGUGGAGAGGCCACAGGUAAAGCUAUUCACAACGGUGCGAUCAAGCUACGCGAGCACAUCACACCAGAUGAGACGCCAGCUGAGGUCAGCCCUCGAGUCACCACAGGCCUUCGUGUAGCCCAGCAGGCUACCGGCGGAGCUGUCAAAGUCAGCCGGUUUUUGAUUAAUGGGCUUUCAACUGUGAUUGGACUUGUUGGGAAGGAAAUAACACCACAUGUUAAGAAGCAUGGUAGCAAACUGGUCCCAGAAUCCUUAAAAAGUAAUAAAGAUGCCUGCACCAACUUAACCGGAGUUAAAUUGGUGGCUGUUAGUAGCCUAAAAGGUGUCUCAACUGUAUGGUCAGGUCUGGAGACAGGAGCAAAGACAGUUGGUAAAAGUGCAUGCUCUGAGACAGUGUUGACUGUCAAGCACAAAUAUGGCAAUCAAGCCAGCCAGGCUGCAGACACUGCCAUCCAAUCAGUGUCCAAUGUGGGAAUCACAGCCUUCAACUUGGACAAUCUAGCCCUCAAUGCUGUCCUGAAGUGUGCAGAAAAGCAGUCAUCAAGAGCCUUAACUGCGGAAGACCAGACCAUGAACCCAGAGACGAGAGCUAAGUCGGAGAUGUGAAAUGAAUGGAGAACCAGAUAUGAGACCCAACAGGAGCUUAACAGGCAGCUGGAGAGACAGAUUGGAGACGUACAGGAGAGGCUGGAGAGUCUACGCGGAAACCCUAUGGCAUGACAAGGCUCUCUGAAAAUUAUCGUCAAGAAGACAAAUCGUCUAUGGCGGCAGUGGUUAGCACUUUCACCCUGUACCUCCAGGUUUUGGGUUUGAUUCCCUGCUCAAGUCUUUGUGCAUGGAGUUUGCAUGUUCUCCCUGUACUUCUCUGUGUACUCCAAUUUCCUUCCACAGCUCAAAGGGUGUACCCUGCCUCCUGCCC